CUUAAGGUUUCGAAGGAUGAGAAAAGGGAUAUAUUAACCAGCAAUUACUAUAUCAUUGGGAUAAAUGUCUUCAUUUGCUCUUUCAUAACAGAUAAAGACCCAGAAAUUAAUCUAUGUGUCGGCACUAAGUGUAAUAUCAUAUUGGCGGAACUUAAUAUCCUUUGUCCUGAUAUUGUUAUCGUGAGAUAUACAAUGAUACUUCAAAUUCUUAAACUGGACCUCACAGAGAUGGAUUCUGAGACACCCUUGUACAAAAUCGCCACGGCUAUAAAGAAUUCUAACUUCACUACAUGCCCGAUGUGUUCUUUAAGCCUUUAUCGGCCAAAUGAAGGGAACAAAACAGACAGUGAGAUGCAUGUUGAUAUAGAUAAUGACAUGGGUAGCGAGGCGUGUGAAGAAGAAAGCGAGGGAGAUGGCGUGCGCCAAGCGAAGAUAAAGAAAGAAAACCCAGAUACUGUGGAAGGUUCUUCAGGUUUUAAUCCAAAGCUGCACUUUAAAACAGCCUGCUAUUUCGCUUGCGAACACUUAUUCUGUGCUGAAUGUGUAUGGAAGAUCGAGAUGGCCUACCUAGGCUCACUAAAAUGUCCAACUUGUGAGAAAUAUCUCAACAGCAAAACCCCCUAUAAGCUCAUGUACGCGCCUCUACCCAACCUUGUUCUUGUCGAAUGCGAUGUUUCAACAUCUAUCACAAAGCUCCAGCAAUCUAAAGCCAUAGCAUGGCGUGAUAGCCCUAUCUACUUCUACGUUUCUUGCCCAUCCCCAUAUUGGCGUCGUUUUAAAAAGACGCAACAAGCAGAUUAUGACACUUCCAGCCCAAUUCGUGUCAUUUUCGUUUAA